UAUAAAAUCAAGCACCUAGGCAUGCAGAUGGCUUCUACAAACAUUUGUGAAAGAAUGGGUCACUCUCAGGAGCUCAGUGAAUUUAAGUGUGGUAUCGUGAUAGGUUGCCACCUGUGCAAUAAGUCCAUCUAUGAAAUUUCCUUGCUACUAAAUAUUCCACAGUCAACUGUUAGUGGUAUUAUUACAAAGUGGAAGCAACUGGGAACAACAGCAACUCAGCCACCAAGUGCUAGUCUAUGUAAAAUGACAGAGCAAGGUCAGUGCAUGCUGAAGCGCACAGUCAAUAGCUAAAGACCUCCAAACUUCGUUUCCAGUGAAGGGAACUCUUAAGGAGUCAGCAUAAAAAGACAUUUUGGACAAUUUCAUG